GGACCUCCCUCUCCCAACCCGUGGGUGUGUGUCAGCUGACUGGGCUGGUGUCAUGUGAUUUCUGUCCUGAAUCAGAGCGGAGCGGAGCGGCAGGCUGGCUGAAACAAUGGCUCGGUUUGGAGCUCUCCUCUGUUUUCUCUCUGUUCUCAUCCCUCAAGGGCUUCCCUCUCCGCUGGCGGGUAAAGAAGUCUGGGACUACGUGGAAGUGAGACCCGGGGCCCACAUGUUCUGGUGGCUUUAUUAUGCUGACAGUCCGUCAGCUCAGUAUCAGGACCUGCCGCUGGUCAUGUGGCUGCAGGGUGGACCAGGAGGAUCAGGGAGUGGCUUUGGUAACUUUGAAGAAAUUGGCCCACUGAACAGAGACCUGGAGCCCAGGAAGACGAGCUGGGUGCAGGCAGCCAGUGUGUUGUUUGUGGAUAACCCAGUGGGCACCGGAUUUAGCUACGCUGAACGGCCUGACGGCUUUGCCACCAACGUUUCCACUGUGGCCUCAGACAUGCUGGUGCUGCUCAAACAUUUCUUCACACAGAUACCGGAGUUCCAGAGCAAGCCCUUCUACAUCUUCUCUGAGUCAUAUGGGGGAAAGAUGGCUGCUGCCAUCUCACUGGAACUCAGCAAGGCUGUAGCCCAAGGCUCAGUGAAAUGCAACUUUGCAGGUGUGGCACUAGGAGACUCGUGGAUUUCCCCUUUGGACUCUGUGAUGACAUGGGGUCCAUACCUUUAUACCACUUCCCUGCUGGACAACAACGGCCUGGCUGAUGUCAACAGUGCAGCGGAGAAGGUGAAGCAAGCUGUGGAGCAGCAGCAGUUUCUGAAAGCCACUGAGCUGUGGUCGGUCACUGAGACGGUAGUGGAGCAGAACACCAAUGGGGUGAACUUCUACAACAUUCUAACCCAGCAACCAGAUGAGAAGGUCACUACUGCUGCAGGAGAAAACUUCAUCUCUCUGCAAACCCACCGCCACAUUCGCCCUCUGCACAAGCAAUCACUGAACGAGCUGAUGAACGGAGCAAUAAGGAAGAAACUGGCCAUCAUCCCUCAGAAUGUCACUUGGGGAGGUCAAGCAGAAGACGUGUUCAGCAACAUGGCUGGUGAUUUUAUGAGGCCAGUGGUGGAUAUAGUGGACCAGUUGUUGACAGCUGGAGUCAAUGUGACGGUUUACAAUGGCCAGCUGGAUCUCAUAGUGGACACCAUCGGUCAGGAGCUUUGGGUGAAACGGCUAAAGUGGGAGGGACUUCCUGGUUUCAGCCAGCUGAGGUGGACCCCCCUGGAUGACCCAGCCUCCCCAGGAACCACUGGAGCCUUUUUCAAGACUUACAAGAACUUUGCAUUCUACUGGAUCCUCAAAGCUGGUCACAUGAUUCCUUCAGACCAGGGAGCCAUGGCCUUGCAGAUGCUGAAGAUGAUCACGCAGCAGGACUGAAUGAAGGUUGUGCCAGCUGGGACGGCUCUGACAAUCACAGAAAUUCUUCUUUUUUUUUUUUUACUUGCUUUCCAAAAUUGACUUUGAUAUCAGGUGCACUUGACUUAAAGUUCUGUCAAUUCCAGUCACUAAAUACAACUUUCUUUUAUAAAUA